CCCCGCGGUCCCCUAGCAGGUUGAUCCGCAUUUGCGCGAUACGCAUGCGCAUGCGCAUCUGUUGUUCAUUCACAGACCGCUAGCAGUAUGGACACAUACCGCUCUCAAUUAUAAAGCUGCACGGAAGUCUUGUCUACGUAACGUUGAGGAGCUCUACAAAUGUCUUGACCAUGGCAAAGGUUGUUGGGACGACAGCUUUAGUGUUAUACCUCUGGAGUGUGUUCAUGCAGUUCAGUCGCCUGUCAGGUCUUGGGAUCAAUGAACUGCUUUAUUUCCGGGUCAUCAGUCCAGAGGAGAUCGGGUACAUCUUCAGUGCAGCACCUGCUAAAGACUUUGGAGGAGAUUUUACGUCCUCGUAUGAUAAGAUUUUCCUUGUGCCAGCAAACCCAGCAGAUGGCUGCUCAGACCUGGAGGACAGAGAAAUAAUCCAAGGACAAGUAGUCCUGGUGGAGAGAGGAGGUUGCUCCUUUGUACAAAAGGCCCGACAUGUGGAGGAAGCAGGAGGCAAAGCUGUUCUGAUUGCUGAUAAUGCUGUGGACAAUGACAGUCAGUACCUUGAUAUGAUAACUGAUGGAAGCACUGCCAAACCAAGCAUACCUGCUCUAUUCCUGCUGGGACGUGACGGGAUGAUGAUCAGACGAUCUCUUCAGAGACAAGCUCUGCCGUGGGCUGUCAUUUCAAUUCCUGUCAAUGUUUCCUCUUUGGCCUCGUUCCCACUCAAGCAGCCCCCGUGGACACUGUGGUAGAAACGACGCACAUCCACAACUUCAUGCACUUCCUCACUCAAUAAACAUUCUUUCAUCAGUGCAUAUCCUGUCAGCCCUGAAUACACUCUCAGCCUCACAGGGAAACACUUCAGUGGUGGUUACAUUCACAUGCACUAGUGGUGAGCCAGUAAAAUGACCAUGUGAUUAUACCACACUUAAACACACAUGUGGAGCAAACCUUUUAACCGUGUCUAGAUGGACUCUUUGCCAGAGCUGUUGAACCAGGCGAGGACAGACAAACUCAGAGGCAUGCAAGCUUAUUCUGUGCUCAGCUGAAGCAAACUGAGCUAGCCAGUAGUUUUGAAGAUAGUGAGUCUGUUUUCAUUUGAGCAGCCUAAAGGAACUUUUGUACAUAUGAUUUGUCGGUUACUAGUCAGCGUUGAAACCAGGAAAUUGGACGUGCUGAUUGAACUGCACCUCUUUUGCCUUGUCAAAUAGUACAAGCUGUUGCAUGGCCACUAUGGGGCAAAGAAACAACCAAAAAAACAUCCCCUGACAGCAUUUAUUCAACUUUUAAUACAAUACAGAAUACCAGGAAUGUCAUCUCACUGUAAAAAUGUUAAUAAAUUCCAUCUUAUUUGCAUGAAUUUAAA